CUUUCACGAGGUUGUAGUAACAACAUGUUCACAACUACUUAAGACGUUGGCUCUGAUCUAGGUAGUGCCUUUCGAUUUCGAGAAAAUUAACAACUAUUGAAAAAUCUUUCACUUCUCUCAUUGAUUUAUCAAACUCCGGCCUGGUCUGUUUCGCGAUGUUGCGCCUCUGGGUUUAGAAACUCUGUGACCAACUUUCCUGAUCUAAAAAAAAAAAGAAAAUACAUUGUUUAAUAUUUACAGCUACAUUAUUACAAUUAUUACAACACUUCAAAUAAAUGAAUUUAAAUAAAAGGUAUCAAAUAAAUUGGGUAUAAAAUGGUUUAGAAAAGGUUUUUUAACGACAUUUGUCCGGAUAGGCGCAUGCGCAGGACCAGAGAACGGCCGCGUGCCUGGCGCCAAAAUUCGAAAAGCGGAGGGGAGUGUUCUGUUGUUGACAGCACCAGCUCUCCUUAUAGCGUCGUGGUUUUUACACGUUAUUACAACAUAUCGAAAAGGACUACUUUGGAAAUACUUUGGGAAAGGACAACGCAAAGAUGCACAUCAAAUCUAUUAUCUUAGAAGGAUUCAAGUCCUACGCGCAGAGGACAGAAAUCAACGGAUUUGAUCCGCUCUUCAACGCUAUUACUGGACUUAACGGGAGUGGAAAAUCCAAUAUUCUCGACUCGAUAUGCUUUCUAUUGGGGAUAACCAACUUGUCUCAGGUGCGAGCGGCCAAUCUCCAGGAUUUGGUGUACAAGAACGGUCAGGCCGGCAUCACCAAAGCCACGGUGUCCAUAACAUUUGACAACACAAACAAGAGCCAGAGUCCGCUUGGGUUCGAGACCCACGACGAAAUCACGGUCACAAGACAGGUGGUGAUAGGUGGUAGGAACAAGUACCUGAUCAACGGGGUGAAUGCCAACAACACCAGGGUACAGGAUCUGUUCUGCUCUGUGGGACUCAACGUUAACAACCCCCACUUCCUCAUCAUGCAGGGGAGAAUCACCAAGGUUCUGAACAUGAAACCGCCUGAGAUCCUAGCCAUGAUAGAGGAGGCAGCAGGAACCAGGAUGUAUGAGUGUAAAAAGAUCAGCGCCCAGAAAACCAUUGAGAAGAAGGAAGCCAAACUCAAAGAAAUACAGACGAUCCUUAAUGAAGAGAUCACUCCUACCAUGGAGAAGCUGAAGGAGGAGCGUUCUUCAUACCUGGAGUACCAGAAGUUGAUGAGGGAGAUAGAACACCUGAGUCGUCUGUACGUGGCCUGGCUGUUUGUCUGCGCUGAGGAGACCAAGGUCAAGUCAGCGGAGGACCUGAAGGUAAUGCAGGACUCCAUCACUCAGCUGCAGGCCAGCAUGGCAGAAAACGAAAACAAGGUCCAGGAACUCUCCGCCCAGAUACAGGAACUGCAGAAGAAGAGGGACCAAGAGGUUGGUGGAGUGCUGAAGGGUUUAGAGGAGACUCUGUCUGAGGUCCAGAGGGUCGAUGCUAAAGCCCAGAGUGCUGUGGACAUGAAGAAACAGAACCUGACAGAGGAGACCAAGAAGAGGAAGGAACUGGUGAAGAGCAUGGAGGAGGAUAAGAAGAUGCUAGUUGUUAAGGAAGGAGAGGUAUCCAAGGUAGCAAAGAAGCUGUCUGCCCUACAGGAGGAAGGUCAGAAGGACAGCGCCGCCCUAGAGGCAGCACAGAGUCACUUCAAGGCUGUGUCCGCAGGGCUGUCCACCAAUGAGGACGGGGAAGAGGCCACGCGCGGACAGAUGAUGACCUGCAAGAACGACAUGAGUAAAGCUGACACCGAGGCCAAACAGGCCCAGAUGAAGCUGAAGCAUGCCCAGCAGGAGUUGAAGGCCAAGCAGGCGGAGGUGAAGAAGAUGGACUCUGGUUACCAGAAAGACCAGGAGGCCUUCAACACUGUCAAGAAGAACAAGGAGAAACUAGAGGCUGAUAUGGAGAAACUACAGUACCAAGAUGGGAAGGAGGAGGGUCUUCUGGACAGGAAGAGACAGCUGAACCGUGAGGUCACCACCCUCAGAAAUACCUACGAGAGUCUGAUGUCCCGCUCCUCCUAA